AUGACUUCGGUAACUUCCUUUACUGUUGGCCCCUCUAACACAUCUGUUGGUCCCCUACCCUCUGUAUCAUCCUCCUUUGCUUCUAUUCCAUCAAUCUCUACAAUGCCUAUUCCUUCCAACACCGUUGUUGCUACCACCUCUCAACCCUCCAUUCACCUUCACUCUACUCCCACCUUAACUGCACCCUCCAACUCUGACAUUAUGGCUGCUCUUCAGAUCAUAAUGACAAGACAAGUUCAACACGAUCAAGAAACUGCUUUACUACGAACUUGGAUGGCAGACCACCUUGCUCCUAAACUGAGAAUUCCACCUCCGCCUCCUCAUCCGAUUCCUCCUCCUUCUAAAUUAAAUGAAAAACUAGUUUAUUACAUUGGCCCCUCUAACACAUCUGUUGGUCCCCUACCCUCUGUAUCAUCCUCCUUUGCUUCUAUUCCAUCAAUCUCUACAAUGCCUAUUCCUUCCAACACCGUUGUUGCUACCACCUCUCAACCCUCCAUUCACCUUCACUCUACUCCCACCUUAACUGCACCCUCCAACUCUGACAUUAUGGCUGCUCUUCAGAUCAUAAUGACAAGACAAGUUCAACACGAUCAAGAAACUGCUUUACUACGAACUUGGAUGGCAGACCACCUUGCUCCUAAACUGAGAAUUCCACCUCCGCCUCCUCAUCCGAUUCCUCCUCCUUCUAAAGUUCCUCAUCCUGGAAAAUCCUCCUCUUCAAAAUGA